GUUAAAGCAAACAGAAAAGCUAAAAACUCAGCCAAAUCUUCUUAAAGAAACCAGAAUUCCCUCCCAAAAAGAUAAAAAGCUGGAAAAGUAGAUAUAAAACCCCAUAUUAACAUAUUCAACUCAGAUUCUCCAACCCAUCAUGUGAUUAAAGUCCGACCCCCUUAAAUUAUGCACUCUAAUUUACCCCUAAUAAUAUCACCAUUUUCUUAGCAUCCCAAGCAAAGUAUCUAUCAACUUUUUCUUUUUCAAAUUUAAGAAAAAGAAAAUGUAUCUUUCAAUACACAAGUCUUUCUUUCCCAUUCAGGCUCAUUGCUCUUCACUCAGCCAUGGCUCAUCUUCUCUCAGCUUUUAUUUUCUUAAUAUUUCAAACACUAGCACUCUCAAAAUCAGCUCAUAGCUACGGCCAUGGCGCACAUACAUGCAGAUCAUACUGUGGAAACUUAACAGUCGAUUAUCCAUUCGCAAUUCAAUCCGGCUGCGGCCAUUCAGGCUACAGGGACCUCCUAUUUUGCAUCAACGAUGUUCUUAUGCUUCACAUUAGCUCCGGAUCGUAUCGCGUUUUGGACAUCGAUUACGCUUACGAAUCCCUCACUUUAGACGAUCCUCACAUGUCAACUUGCUCAUCAAUCGUCUUCGGUAACCGCGGUAACGGAUUCGUCGUAGAGCGGUGGCGUGAGCCGUACUUAAACCCUACGGCGGACAAUGUGUUUAUGCUGCUAGGUUGCACGGCGGAAUCGCCGUUAUUCCAAGGUUUUCCGGGGAAGCAUUUGCCGUGUAGGAAUGUUUCCGGGAUGGGUUGUGAGGAGUAUUAUGGGUGUCCGGCUUGGAAUAUAAUUGGGCCGAGAAAAGUGGGCUCAUCAGUAUAUGGAUCAGGCCCACCUGAGUGCUGUUCAGUUUCAUUUGAAGCUAUUAAAGCUAUUAAUUUGACUAAACUUGGUUGUCAAGGGUAUAGUAGUGCUUAUAGCUUAGCUCCACUGAGAGUAGAUGGACCUCAUGGUUGGUCUUAUGGUAUAAGAGUUAAAUACUCAGUUGAUGAAGGUGACUCUUUUUGUAAAGCUUGUGAAGCAACAGGUGGAUCUUGUGGCCAUAAUGUUAAUGAUUUUAGCAGUUUGUGUAUGUGUGGAACAUGGAAUUCUAGUUCCAAUUGUGAUUCAGUCCACUCAGCUUCGCAUAGAAGAACUUGGUCGUUAAUGGAUGUACUAACAGGAUUCUUGGGUUGUAUCGCCGUCUGGAAGCUCUCCACCAAACUUGGACUGUAGAAAAGACAAUGACGUUUUGUGUUUGAUUGAUCCAAAAUGAGCGGCUCAAAUGUGCUUAGCAGAAGAACAUACAGAGCAACUAAUGUCAAUGUUAUAUCUCACCAUUGAAGAGAUUGUUAUAUUGUGCUAGAAAAGAGGAACGUCAGUUUGAUAUUUAUUGGUUUUGAAACU